CGCCGUCUCUUGCUUCUAGAGGCUGCCACAGUUUUCAUGACACAUCCGGUAGGGAACGUCACUUCCGGUAGUAGUUCCUUUUCUCCUGACACGUAGCAGCACUUCUGAGUUGGCAGAUCCCUGUCUGGCUUUGUCAAACGCCAUAGUGAGAGAUGUCGGGGUUUGACAAUUUCAACACAGACUUCUACCAGUCCAGCUACAGUGUAGAAGACCAAAACCAGGCUGGCUACGGAUACAACAAUGAGAACCCCCACAACAAGCAACAUGGCCAAUAUGACUAUUCCCAGCCAAUGGGCUACCCCUCCCCAGGAAUGAUGCAGCCCCAGCAGCCAUACACAGGACAGAUCUUUCAGCCCACACAGACCUACACACCGUCCGCGUCUCAGUCCAUGUACAGUAGUAGCUUUGAUGACGAGCCGCCGCUACUGGAAGAAUUAGGUAUCAACUUUGACCACAUCUGGCAAAAGACGCUGACAGUCCUCCAUCCUCUGAAAGCGGCAGACGGCAGCAUUAUGAAUGAGACCGACCUGGCUGGCCCCAUGGUCUUCUGUUUGGCUUUUGGCGCAACACUCCUCUUGUCUGGUAAGAUCCAGUUUGGCUACGUUUACGGCAUCAGCGCCAUCGGCUGCCUGGGCAUGUACUGCUUGCUCAAUCUAAUGAGCAUGACGGGCGUGUCCUUCGGGUGCGUGGCCAGCGUGCUUGGUUACUGCCUCCUUCCCAUGAUCGUCCUGUCCAGCUUCGGAGUCAUCUUCUCGUUACAGGGCAUGCUGGGAAUCAUCCUGACGACGGCCAUCAUCAGUUGGUGCAGUCAGUCGGCGUCUAAGAUCUUCAUCUCCGCGUUGGCAAUGGACGGGCAGCAGCUCCUGGUGGCCUACCCGUGCGCGCUCCUCUACGGCGUCUUUGCGCUCAUCUCUGUCUUCUAGAGCAAACGUUUCAUGCAGGUUUGAAAUAACGGCUCUCCACUUCUUCUGUGAUUGCAGUGUAAUUAGGUGUCUAUGCCACAAUGACCUAAUUACACCAAUUACAGUCACCGCAGUUUAUAACAGAGCCAAUAAUUCUAUUUUGAUAGUUUUUAUUUCAACAUCCACUAACAGUCUCCACAUUCCAAUGGGGCCAUCUGCGCUUUUUUUUUUCUCCGUCAUCCCACAUGGAGCCAGAAAGUUAAAAUGUGUGCUCCAUCGGGGACCUUAAUUGAACCAGCACAGCUUAACUAAAGGAGACACCGUGGACCACCUGUGCAGGUGCCGCAAUGUGCAUAAACUUGACUUCCACGCAGGACAAUCUGGACGUCUGAGGCUCUGCUCUGGAUUCAUUUCAAUCAGGAUGCUUUUUGCCAAGACAACAAAUCGAGUUUAUGCUGCAGCUUUUUUUUUGUUCAAGAGGCAUCUAACGUCAUUUUUCAUCUUUGAACUUUUUUAAUAAUGCCUCUAAACGGAGCAACUAUUUGUUCAUCAAUGUUUAUUUUAGCGUCCACAACACUUUUGUAUACUUUGACGUGUCCUGUGUUGUCCGUGUCAAAGUGGGGUUUAAGGUGUACACUCAUGCACACGUGGUGUUAUGUUAAUAAAUAAGAGACUGAGAAAAAACGCCAUAGCUGCUUUAUAUGGAGGUCUGCAAUGGCGCCCUGCGCUAGAUAGACCAUGCAAUAUAUUCAAUGUUUUAACAUAGGGAUGUGAAUUUCAUAGCAACUCACCAUUACAUUCACAAUCCAUUGUCCAUUCAAAGCGAUACUCGCAAUAUAGUAUUUGGUGUACAAAUGAUGAUAAAACCAUUUCUAAACAGGUUACAGAUUACAAAAACUGCUGAUGAAAGAUGUUUACAGUGGGUACAGAAAGUAUUUAGACCCCUUUAACAUUUUCACUCCUUGUUUAAUUGCAGCCAUUUGUUGAAAUUAAAAGUUUCUCAAUGUACACUCGGCACCCCAUCUUGACAGAAAAAAAAUACAUGUAGAUUUUUUUGUGCAAAUGUAUUAAAAAUUAAAAAACUCAAAUCACAUGUACAUAACUAUUCACAGCCUUUGCUCAGUUGAUGCACUUU